ACCCUUGCGGGGCCGACGACACAGCCGAUCCGGAGUCAGUCUCCGGAUGUUUGCACGCUGCAUCCGCAUCAAAGCUAACCGGCAGGUUAAUAAUCGAGUGAGCUGGCCUGGUGAAAGGCGGCCGGCUCGUGCUGAAUCCGGCCGUGUGCGCGAGCCCGGGUGGGAACCAGAGCGGAGACCCGGCGCUGAUCGCGCGACGCGGCGAGUGCGUGACACGGAAAGUGCUGGAAAGAAUCCAUCAUUGUGGCCGGACGGCGACGCGGAGCGACAGCCGGCUAAGAUAAGGCGGGGGGACCGCGUGUUAUUCCUCACUUUCAGAAUACGGUUUUAGUUGGCGCUUGAUUGACACGCUUAAUUCAGUUCGCAGGUGGCCAUCAAACUGAAGCGUUGCUUCUCUUCUGUUUGGCAUGCAGCUGUGCAAGCAGCUAUAAGCGGUAGGGCACAAUGAACGGACAGCUGGACCUCAGCGGGAAGCUGAUCAUCAAGGCGCAGCUGGGCGAUGACAUCCGGCGCAUCCCCAUCCACAACGAGGACAUCACAUACGACGAGCUGCUGCUCAUGAUGCAGCGGGUUUUCCGUGGGAAGCUGCAGAGUUCCGAUGAGGUCACAAUCAAGUACAAAGAUGAAGACGAUGACCUCAUCACCAUUUUUGACAGCUCCGAUCUCUCCUUCGCUAUCCAGUGCAGCAGGAUACUCAAGCUCACAGUCUUUGUGAACGGACAGCCCAGGCCCCUGGAGACCAACCAGGUGCAGUUCCUCCGCCAUGAGGUGUUCCAGCUGAGGGACAAAGUGAACCACAUGCUAGGCAGCCUGGAGCCCCCUGUGGAGCCGCCCCCCCCCCUCAGCACCCCCGAUUGUGAUAGGCGGGAGGGUAAGACCGCAGCCCCAGAACCCACCACGAAGCAUCCUGUCCCUGUCACUGCUGUGAGCAUGUCAGCCUUUGACCCUCUGAAGAACCAGGAUGAAGUUAGUAAGAAAGUUAUCUCCUCCUUUGGGCUCUCUGAAGACCAGGCUUCAGGAGCCCACACUGGUCUGCCUGAGGAACAUUCUGGAACUGCAGACACGGCGGCAUCAGCCACACAGCAGCCCGUCGUGCCCCAUCUCCUAUGCAGCAGUCCAGCAGCCUUCUGCAGCUACUAUGGAUGGUCAGGUGUACCAGCAGUACCAAGCCCCGGGUGGAUACCCUCCCCCGCCGCUGUAUGGGGUGCAGAACCCAGAAGGCUGCACCUCCCAGCCAGCUCACCAUAGGCAGCAGCAGUACAUGAGUUACGCUGCCCCCACAUCCCAAACUGUAACCCCCACCCCUGCAGCAGGAUUCACAGGGCAGUCCCAUGCCCUUCCUCAAGCAGGCCUUCAGUGUCCCCCCGGAGCCC